AUGAAAUUAAAAAGCAUUUAGACUAAAACUUUUAAAUUAAUUAUCAAUUCCAAAUCUGAAAGACGAAAUUCUAAGGCUAUUAGUAUUGUCUAACGAACUUCUAUAAAAAUCUACCCGCACAUUAAUUAUCUGAUUAAUAUUUUAUAGAUAAAAACCUAAGAUCUAAAUAAGUUACCUUAAAUAUUAAGUUACAUGAAGCUUCAGAUUAUUAAUAUUAAAAUCUAUUCAUAUCAAUUCUAGUGA